AUGAAUAUUAAAGCAUUCAACGCUAUUGCAACAAAAGUUUGGAAUACUACAGUCUCUGUACCAGAAGACUUUGGUAAAAUCACCACCCUCUUUACAAAUGAUGUUGUCAAGUCUCAUCUUCCAAAGGAUAAUGUUGAAACAUCAAUUAAACUUUUAGAAGGAAUUUAUGAUUUAUCAAAGAAUGAAAAUGAUGCAAAGAAACAAGCAGCUCUUUUACACAAAUUAAACAAAGAGGUGUUGGUAACCGUAUAUAUCAGUGGAAACGAAUUGACUGCAUUUGAUGUAUUCUAUUAUGUAUUUUUGCAUGCAUCCAUGGUUAAAUUCAAUGACAAGGAUAGAUUCAUUUUCUGUAAUAUCACUAGAUGGUUCAACUACGUUCAAAAUACUGUGUUUUUGAACAAUGGUCAAUUGGAUCUUGUCCCCAUUUCAACUACUCCACCACCACCAGAACCACCUAAACCAAAGGCAAAGGAUGCUGCUGCCGGUGAUAAAAAGGUUGAUGAAAAGAAGGCUGGUGAUGCCGCCGCUGCUCCAGCUGCUGCUGGUAAAAAGGGAGGUAGUGGACGUGAAUCAAACAAGACUGUUGAAGCUCCAAAACCAGAGGAUGUAUCACGUUUUGAAAUUAGAGUUGGAAAGAUUGUUGAAGUUGCCAAACAUGCUGAUGCCGACUCUUUAUACGUAGAAAAGAUCGAUCUCGGUGAAUCAACUGGUCCACGUACCAUUGUUAGUGGUUUAGUUAAUUAUAUUCCAAUUGAUCAAGUUCAAGAUCGUAUGGUAUUAGUACUUUGUAAUCUUAAACCACGUAAUAUGAAGGGAGUUAAAUCAGAGGGUAUGGUUUUAUGUGGAUCAGGUGAAGGCAAGAGUACCGUUGAAUUUGUCGAACCACCCGCCACUGCCAAGAUUGGCGAGCGUGUUGUAUUUGCAUCGUACCCAGGUGAGUUUGACAAGGCUCUCACCAAGCCAGAGCUCAUUGAUGUCGUUCUCAAGGAACUCAAGACCAACGGUGACAGAGUUGCCACUUGGAAGGGUGAGGUUGGUUUGACUUCUGCUGGUCCAUGUACUUGCAAGACUCUUGCCAAUGUCAACAUUGCCUAA